CAAACACCGGAGAAGUAAAUACGACCCAUAACCGGAUAAAUAUAAGAGCAGUGUAGCUUUUCUUUUCCAUAUUUAUUUUCACCUACACCUACCAUUAUGUCUGAUGAAGAAGAGGACUAUAUGUCUGAUGCAUUUUUAAGCAAAAUUCAAGAUGUGAAACCAGGUGUCAGCAUGGUGAGGCGGGAAAAGGAAGCAAUGAAAAAGGAGUUAAAGCAAAAGGAGAAGAACAUUAAGAACCGUCAGAAGACCUACAAGGAGCAGGAGAGGGAAAGCAGAGAAACAGCUUUGCAGAGCUCCAUUACUAACGAGAACAGGGGAUUUGCACUUCUACAGAAAAUGGGUUAUAAAGCCGGUCAAGGCCUUGGGAAGGCAGGUGUGGGGAGGGUUGAUCCAAUUCCACUUAAUAUCAAAACUGACAGAGGGGGCAUUGGUAUGGAAGAGGCGAAGAAAAGAAAAGCUGAGGAGGAACUUGAACACUAUCGACGGAAAGUACGAGCCAAACAACAGAAUGAGACCAAAUCUCUGGAAGAUUUUAGGUCAAGAGUAAGGACAGAACGAGAGGAGAGAAAGAUUGAGGGAGACCUCAGGAGGAGUCAGCGAUCUUGUGAACAGCUUGACAGUCAGAAGGGCAUAACUAUCCCUAGAGAAGACUGGUACUGGCCCAAAGCAGACGGUGAUAACGAGGAAGAUGAUCUCAAAGAGGAGGAGGAGGAGGAAGAGGAGGAAGAGGACAAAGAAGAGGAGAUUGUUGAACUAACUUCUUUUGAUAAACUGCAAAUUCUCACGUCCUAUUUGAGAGGAGUCCAUUUUUACUGCAUAUGGUGUGGGACGACUUAUAACGAUGAAGAGGACUUGUGCUCAAACUGUCCCGGAGAUACAGCAGCAGACCAUGACUGAACCUAAUAAAAAAAAUAAAAUAAUAAUGUGCUGUAGUUCCCAGUGAAAAAGCAGAUACAAUUGUUAGAUAGUGGGGGUAUUGCAUGUGUGAGUGAAACAUAAAAACAAGGCAUUUAUGUAUUUCAUUUAACUUAUAAUCCUAUAAACAGACUUUGUAAAAAAAAAAAAAAACAGUUCAUCAUUAUUUAUCGUUCUGUCGGACUCUGCUGUCCAUUUUCAGAAGGAUGUUGCUGUUUAUAUUUGUGAGGGGAUAACAAGUAAAAUCUGAUAUCGUUCUUAACAAAUUGAAAUGUGAUACAUUUUGAUGCUUAUAUUUUGAAAAUAUUUACAACCAUCUUGCUGUUUCAAGAAAAACUGCAUCCUAGCAUUUUCAUUAAAGAUUUUUUUUAGAAAACA